CAUGGGGUGAUGAGGUAAACAACAAACAUGGCUGAGGCUGGUUCGACGUUAAGUUCUGUUUCCUACCCAAAUACCUCAAAUAUUUCGUGUCGGUACUACAUGUAUGGACAGUGUAGAGAGAUGCAGAGUUGUCGUUACCUACAUGACGGCCAGCCGUCAACAGUCUGCAAGUACUUUCUCAAAGGCCAAUGUUCAUACGGAGUACGAUGCAGGUACGAUCACGUCCGAUCCCAGCAUCAGCCAAAGCCGUCGCCGCGACCCCCAGCCGUGAGUCAGCCGGAGAGCAAGACGGUGCUCGCUUCACGCAUGGUCACGCUGAAGAAACGCCUCGAGUCGUCGGGAAGCAGCGUCGAGGACGAUGCUCCGUCGAGCGCCAUACCGAUGGUGGCGCCUUCCGACUGGGUGAACGCGGCGGAGUUUGUGCCGGGACAGCCGUACAAAUCCAAAGUCGCGCACAAGUCCUACCUGGAGGCGGCGGGAGGCGCCAAGAUGGCAUCGGACGGCAACGACAGCGUGGCGGAGGAGGGUGGCGGUGGCGGCGGCGGCGGCGGUGGCGCGCAACAGCAGCUGCUGUGCCCCUACCUGCAGGCGGGAGAGUGCGAGUUUGGUGCGGAGUGCGCGUACGUCCAUGGCGACAUGUGCGAAUACUGCGGCCAAUGCUGCCUGCACCCGACGAGCAAAGAUCAGCGAGCGCUCCACAAGGAGGCGUGCCUCAAGCAGCAUGAGAAGGACAUGGAGUACUCGUUCCAGGUGCAGCGCAGCAAGGACAAGGCGUGCGGAAUCUGCAUGGAGCUCGUUAUGGAGAAGACGCCGGUAUCCGAGCGCCGAUUUGGCAUCCUCUCCAACUGCAAGCACGUCUUCUGCCUCAGCUGCAUCCGAAAGUGGCGCAGUGCCAAGCAGUUUGAGAAUAAGAUCAUCCGUGCCUGCCCGGAGUGUAGAGUGAAUUCAAACUUUGUAACGCCGAGUUUGUACUGGGUUGAGGACCACCAAGAGAAGCUGGAACUCAUUGAGGGAUACAAAACUGCUCUCAGUGCGAAACCUUGCAAGUAUUUCAAGCACGGUUGCGGAGAAUGUCCAUUUGCCGGUAACUGCUUCUACCAGCACGCCUACUUUGACGGCACAAAGGCAAAGCGCACGCCGCCCCGCCCGCGCCGUAGACAACAGAGGUCCGACGGCACGAUAGGUCUCGUCGAGGAGCUGCUUCUGUGGAACUUCCUCACAGAGCGCGACCACCGCUGGUUCCUCAACUGGGACCUCGACGACGAGAUGAACUUUCUCGUCGACUGGGACCUCGACACGAUAUCGGACGUCGAGCUCAGCGACUACGACUCCGACGACAGCUAGCCGCCCCCGCUCGCUCGCUCGCUCGAUGAGAUCGCGUGCGACGCGAUGAUCGGAUUUAUUGUGCGCGCGGCGUCGCGAUUGGUCGUGCGUCGCAGCGACGGCGCGACCUGGCGGCGAAUGCCAGCAACGCGGCCGCCUGUCGUUGUUUUCUAGGUUUAGUUCCGCGCGCGGGGCGACGGGCCGGCGCACGGACGCGCGUUUGUUUGGCGAGUGUUUCGCGGGAUCGCCGUACUCCCGACCACGCCUCUCCCACUCGCCCCGGCCAACACGCUCGCACCCACGCGCGACGUCUGUGCCGGGAGGGAAGCUCGGAGGUCCGUCGGGGUGCGUUGCCGGCGGCGCCAGCUUUCUCCUGGAGUUGGGGGCCGUCGCGAGAGCGGAAACCGCGUCGACACUAACGUGGCGCCGUCUGUGCGGAAAUUUGCGCGACCUCCGUAUCUUGUGGGCGGGGAAGCGCUAUCGGCGCGGACGCGCAAGAAGUGGGGAUGAGUCGUUUAGGUAAUAGUCGUUGUUGCUCGUGCCCCAGUGCGGGCGUGGUUUAGGAUGUGUUGGGGGUGGGGAGUGUGUGGCGGAGCUGCCAGCGUAGUGUUCGUUAACGUCGUUCGUCGCGGAUGUACCCCGCGUAGUAUAGAGGGCGUUGUGUGUGUCCGUGCACUGACGGUGAAUCGCGCGAUCACGCUCGCGGCACGUAGCUAGUGUUUGGGAAUUUAUUUAGAAAAUUAUCGAAAAAAAUCUCAACGGAAAAAAAAAGCGUUUAGCAGGUGACGGAGCCCCAGGGCGAAAUUGUAAAUUUAGAUAGGUAAUUUAGGCUCUCUUCGUAAUGAUCUACGUUGGAUAUUUUGCAUAUUUCGAACAAACUUGAUCUCAUACCACGUGUGAAAGAUGCGCGAUUUUAAAACUUUGUGUGAAAUCUCGAUUGAUGUCUCGCUGCAAUGGUCACUGACUUCCCCUGGCUGUUAACACCAGUUUGAUGUCUCGUCUUUCUGUAUGGGGGGACGGGCUCACAUUUAGACGUUACGGUUUUGAAGGUUCCCACUCCAGGAAUUGUUGUUUGGUGCAGGUGAGAAGUAUAUACCCUCAUUUAUAAUCGAAUGUUAUUCGGAGAGUGUUAAUUCGAUCGUUGACAUUUUUUGCUCGUUGUCUAUUUCACUACCGUCUCGCUCGACCCUGUCCCUUCCCUAGUGUUGGACGGGCUGUCGGAUUUGUAUAUCUAUAGUCGACGUAAUUCUACCUAACUGGCGUUUCCACGCGCUCGCUUUGCCAUUUCUGGGCGAUCAGAGUGAGCUUAUACACGUGACGAUUCGAUGUGGUCACAUGGCCUACUGUGACGUUUCUGAUUGGGUAGUCGCUGCACACUUAAACGCGUAUGAUUUGACGAGGUAGUGAGUAUGGCGAGCAUUGACAUUCGUAGCCAUCGAACAACGGUCGCCUGGAAAGCCUGCGCAUGAAAUAUCAGCGCCGGUGCUGUUUGCAUGUUACCGCGGCAACCACGCGGAGUCGUCGCUUUGUCUGGCAUCGAUGCUCGCUUGGCACCAAGUUUGAUGUUACUGUUCGUAGUUGCCUCGAACAAAGUUCAACUUGAAUAUUGGUAAUCUCUGUAAUAUUACUCGCCAUAAUUUUCCUUUUGUCAGAUGAGCACAGUUCUUUGUGCGUUUGAUUCCAGGUCAUGUUAUGAUAUUUUCAGUUUAGUAGCGACAUCUGGUGGUACGAGUAAGAGACUCCUCAGUCUAAGCACGUUCAGUAUGGGCGACAGACCUAAAUAGUUGUACUAUUCCUAUCACUGGAACACCCUUCUCUGAUACAUCUAAUUGAGACUCCGGUGUCUUGGAAGCCUAGGAAUUAAUAGAUGGUUGGACGGCUGUAUGUAACGUUAAUGUUUGUUAUACGAGUGAAUAACUUCAAAUUCUCCUGAAGUCGAUUGGCUAGCACCGAUUGUGUGUUUUAGCCUUCUAUUGCUAUUCCAUUUUCGUUCGUUAUCCCUUGUAAUAUAAAACGUGUCUUGACUCACUGAUGGUGUCUAUCGUAACGUGGUUUAACUUUUUCACUAAAGAGUACCUUGUUAGAAAUAAUAUUCGUAAAAAAACAUUUGUAAAAAUCUUUAAUUAAACUAGCUCGCUGCAUAGGUGUGCGUAUGUGCGUGCGUGUGUGUGUGUGCAUGCGUGUGUGUGUGCAUGCGUGUGUGUGUGCAUGCGUGUGUGUUUGUAUGUGUGCAAAGUCGAGAUGGUGUUAAAUAAUAUGACUUGAGCAGUACUUAAACAAAUGUGUUUUAUGAUCUCUAGUGAGCAUGAAUGUAUAAUAAAUGUGUUUAUUGCGUGCUCGGA